UAGAACAAUAUAAGUUGCGCUUUAAUAAUAAUUAUACAUUCUACACAAUUAAACGUUUUGGCACAUGCCUUCAUCAGUUUUGUUUAUUUGUACUGCAGGUUCAUUGGAUUUUAAAGUAAUUAUAUGCACUAAAUAAAUAGUACUAUUCAUGUGAAGGAAACUUGAUAAAAUCCUGAAAAGAAAAGUUGGAAAAUAAUUAUUAAAAAAAUUGUGUUAAAUUUAUUUUCAAUGAUUAUAGCAUGCAUUUAACUAAUGCUAUUAUUGAUUAGAAGAAUUAAAUAGUACUUAAAAAUGAAUGCAUCAAAUUAUUGUUUCAAAAUAUUAAUAAAUGUGUCCGCGGACACAGACUGGGGACCACUGAACACCUUCAAAUCCACUCAGCCACCCCGUUGAUCCGCGUUCAGCGAGGCAAAGAACUGAACUCAAUCCAAUGGACUCAAAGACUCUGCUAAUGGUCGCUUACAUUCUGACAUUUAUGGGUGUCCCCCGAUAUCUCCCAGGGAGGUGUAAAGAUAAUUGAACGCACCUGUCAAGACAUGACGCCCUGAUUGGGCGCACGACCAGGUUUCGGUCUUUCAUUAGGUGACCGGUUCAAAUCAAUAAAUUAGUCUUAGCCGUGAGAGAAGUGUUGUUGGUUAUCCCAGCCCUCCCUCGGAAAGUGAUUUGAUGAAAUCACUGAUUUAAAUAUUCAUAGGAUAAGACAGUGGUCGGAAAAUCGCAGCUCGCGAGCCGCAUGCGGUUCUCAAGCGACCCGAGUGCGGCUUGGCCAGCCUGUCACAAAUCCUUUUUGACUCCGAGAAACGUGAUUCUUGACGGGUUUUCUAGAAAAGAAAUGUGGCUCUCAAAAUUUUUUGUAAUCUUCCUGUGCCACUGAUUAGAAUUGUUCUUUUGAGAAUGCAUGUGUAAAAUAUUAUAAAAUUUUGUGGAAUUAUUUUUUGGAUAAUUGGGCUUGAAAUGUGAGUACAAUAAAAUAGCUUCGUAAUAAUCUUAUAAUCUGGUGACUUUAUUUCACCCAUAAAUAUUUAAUUAUUUUCAUUUAACAAAGGCUAGGGAAAAUAAUAUUUGGGGAUGGGGGAUGAGGGAAUUUAAAAAAAUUGAUGUUCCCUAAAUAAGAACUUCUUGUUAUUCUUAUAAUUAAUUUAAUUCGUUAUUUAGAUUCGUAAAAUUUAAAAUUAUAUUCUCAAAAAUAAAAUUUUACUCUAGCCUAACCCUUUAAUAAUAUUAGUAUUAGGCGAUGGAAAUAAAAGUAUUAAAAUCUGGUUUUUAAAAAAUGUAUGCCUAAGACCUACACAAUAAUUUUAACAUUAAAAAUUAGGUACCCUAUAUAAACUUAUGUUAUAUGUUAUAUUCCUUUCUAAAAUUUAGUAAAAUAAUUCAUUAUUAAUAUAAAUAUAAACUACUUAAAUUUGUUCAUAUAUUUAAGGAUCAACAAUAAUAAAUUCAUAAAUACUGAUUUGAUAGUAACAAGAAUAAUAACCAUUUUCUGCAUCUCUAUACAAUAAAAAUUAACCCUUAUCCCCCACCCCCUUAGGGAGUGCAUAUCUUUUUUUUUUUCUUUUUUUUUUUUAAUUGGUCAAAUUUAAUGAAUUAAAUAUGUAAAAUUAGGGCUAAGGAUGUAGUAUCACUGCGUCUAAACCCCAUUCUUCUGCAGGUAGUAAUGAAAAUGAAUUAUGAAUGUAAUCAAAACUCAAAAAAUGUUCACCAUAAGUUAUGCAUGAUGAAACAAAUUGCAUAAAAUUCAGUAGUGUCACCAGAUGACAAAAGUUGCAAUGUCACUAAUGAGGAAAACAAUAAUUUUAUAUACUUAGAACGCACUAAAAAUGAAAUAAUAGGAAAGCCCUUUUAGAAACAGUGCCACAAGCUUUAUUGUUAUUUUUCAAUCUGUGCCGAAUGGUGCGCAGAUGAGUAUCAAAGUGCCUUAUCGAAGUUAAAUUUUUUUGGCCUACCUUGCUACCACUUCACAACUUAAACUACUUAACAGUCCAGUCUGUCACUGUUGUUGCCCUAGGCCUAGUAACUGUUUGGAUCUAGGCAGUGUUUACACAAUGACACAGCAGAACUAAAUAUCACAACCUUUCUUUUCUGGGCUGUCAUGACACACUACUUUGAGAAUAAUUAAUUUAAUUAAUAUAUUACCAACUUUUCAGGCUCUGGUAUUUUUAAUUGGUUAUUUCCUAGCUGCUAUAAUUGAAACAUCAUAACUUUGAUACACUAUUAUUAAAAUUUAUUUGCUUGCAUAUUAAAAUUGUUGCAGUAAAUUUAAAUAGAUUGUGCAGGGUGCUGUGUGCGUGAUUCAAAGGGUCAAUAUUUUUAUGUGAGAAAAGAGGAGAGUUAAAUAAUGAAUUUAAAUUAAAAUGAAAUAAAGUCCACUUUUUGUAACUAGGACCUAGGAUAUUAGAAAAAUACAUACCAACAGAGUAGCUGAUAGGGACCGGGGUAGCAGCAACUUAAAUUAUAAUAUUUAUUAUUAUUUUACAUUUUUACUUUCAUUUUCUUGUUAAUCUAUACCCGAGAUUUUUAAUUUCAAGAGAUGUUUCUGUAAUCAAACUUAUCUAAUUUCCUUUCCAACUCUUAUUGUCUCAGAAAGGUUAUUAUUUUUAUUCUCUUUUGUUAUUUGUUUCUUUCUUUUGCUGUUGAAGGCUUUCCGACAAAAAGUCUGUAUGCUUUAUUUAUUGGAAUUUCAGGUUUUCACCUACUUUUUGAGUUGUAUUUUAUAUUUUUUAAUGCAUAUUUGCAUUUUUUAAAAUUUCUCUCCUUCAUAUUUUCAGUCUCACACAAUCCUUUUGGUUCAGCCAAACCAGCGUCCUGAGACAAGAACUUAUUCUGAUUACGAAUCCCUCAAUGAAUGUCUGGAAGGUAACCAAUGUUUGAAAUUUUUAUUCAAAUUAUAAAAUAUCACAAUUUUCAAUUUGUACACCAGGGCUAAAAAAUGUUUUUCAUGAAAUCAUUACAUGCUUUUUUUCUGAUCAAACAGUGUUGUUCCUUUUAUAACAACUUAUUUUUAAUAUUUAAAAUUUUAUGAUUUAUGAUAUUUUCUAUCCUCAGGAAUUUGUAAAAUAUUUGAAGAGCACCUGAAGCGACUACAUCCACAUGAUCCCUCAAUAACAUAUGACAUCUCACAGUUAUUUGAGUUUAUUGAUCAGUUAACAGAUUUGAGUUGCUUGGUGUGAGUACCUUAGAAUUAAUAAAACUCUCCUAAUUGCAUAAAGGAACUUGUACAUUUUUAAAAAAAGUUAUUUGUUUUCUUUUUUUUUAUCUGGGUUUAUACUUUUUUUUUAUCAGGGUUUAUCACCAUAACAUAGUUCGUCCAAUAUACCUGUCUCUUUUGUUCCGCAAAUGCACAAAUGUGUUAUUAAAUAAACUAUUGAAAAUUAGUUAAUAGAUGUUAUAAACAUAGGUAAUUAAUACAAGAGUAAUAAAUAAUAGUUUUCAUUUGAUUAUCUUUAUUUUAAAAAUAGCUAUCAGUCAAUAAACAAAAGGUUUUGUUUUACUAACAUGUAUGUUAGCUAUUUGGAAAAAAGUAAUGGCAUGAGAAUGCCUAUGUAGCAAAAGUAGAUUACUCACAUUCACAAAAUUUUAUAUUAUUGCGAGGCUGAUUGAGAUUGUGGGAAUAAGGAAAAAGUCACCAUAUGUAGAUUGGAAUUGUGGGGUUUAAAAAGCAUUGACUACUGCAUUAAACCAAAAGUGCCUUUUAAAUCUCCUUUUUCAGGUUUCAAAAGACGUAUGGUACAUAUACUCCUCACAAUAAGGACUGGCUGAAAGAAAAAAUCUAUCACAUGUUGCGUAAACAAGCUGGAAAGUGAGAAGAUCACAAUGUUUCAAUGUGCCCAACCAUCCCAUGGUUUUCAUUUUCAUCAGAUUCUUUUAAGUAUUCUUUUUAUGUUUGCCACUGUCAUAGAUGAUAAUUGUUACUUUUGUAUAUAGGCAACUAUAUCUCAUCACGAUACUGCAUCUCAUUUACCACUGAUGUACAAGUUUUAAUCUGUUUUUUUUUUAAUUCUUUAAUGAACAAAUAGCAAAAUUCUUUGUCAUGCAAAUUCUUGAUCAGCAAAUAAAUUGUUAUUUAGUGUAAAGACUCAGACAACUGAGUACCUCUAGAAAUCUUGAAAGAAUGGAGUUUUAAAUUUGAUUUUUUUGUUGGGUGUAGAUAAAUUAAUUUUAAUAAAUAAUAAGAAAGUCAUCCUGUGGCUUAGAAAUAUAACAGAUAAAAAGUUUAUUUAUAAGUGUAAUAAUGUUUUUAAAUGAUGGUAAGUUACAUUUUUGUUCCUUAGCAAGGCUGUUAUUUUUUGGCAGUUAAAAAGAUUCACAUUUUCAUAGUUUACCAUUAAGGUGAUUAAAUGUUUGGUUCUGUUAUUGUAUUGGAUUUUUAAAAGUUUUUCUAAACCUCACUACAGUAAUUAGUAUUUAAAUUGUUGUUUUCUUUGAAUCUAAAGUAUAACUGAUUUAAGAAAAAAAAUCAGUUUUUUUAUUUUAAUGCCCAAGUUUGUACAAUAUGAUACUGUAUUCCACAGUCUAACAGCAGGAGAAUCGACAUGUAAUAAAUUUGAUUUUAUGUCCCAAUUCAAUUUUCUUCAUUUAAAUUAUUUCUCAGAUAAACUUUACACUGAAUAAAGAAAUACAGUGGAUAUUUAAAUAUUCGCACUCUAGGUACUAGGUCAUCAAGCCAUGCAUUUUUUGAUUCAAAGCUUGUUCAAAAAGGAAAAAACUUAGACAAACAGAUUGCAAAAAGGACUAACAAAAACAUGUAUUUUUCAUUUUAUAAACUAUACUUUUAAAAUUUAAAGAAGUCAAGUUUAUUUUAUUUAACAAAUUUGUAUUUGAUUACCGGUACUCAUUACAAAGAGGAAAUAACUAUUUUAAAACCUUUUAUUUUUUACAUUUGAAUUCAAUUUUUUAAGCUUUAUAAUUAUUUUGAUUGAGCAUAAAUAUUUCACUUUCAGGCUCUUAAAUACACGGGCAAGUGACAAAUAGAAAUUGAUUAGCUCUAAAUUUAAUGUGCUGUCUGGGUUGCAAUAAAAUCUGAAACCUGGCAUGUCAGUAUGUGUCUAUAUUUUAAAAGAAAAGACAUAAAUGAUAGAACUAGAAGCAUUUUCUUCCCUCAUAAAUGAUAGAACUAGAAGCAUUUUCUUCCCUCAUAAAUGAUAGAAAUAGAAGCAUUUUCUUCCCUCUUUUUAAGUCAUAUACUUUCAGCCUAAUCCUGAUAAGAAACUAUUUUUUAAUAUUUUAUUCUUAUUCUCACUCUGAAUUCCUUCAUCCUACUCCACCCUCUUACCAAAACUUAUUACAACUGAUGCUCCUCUUCACUUAUCUCAUACCCUCUCCAUUUUAUAAACACCCCUUGCCCACCAGAAUACACUCCCAGCACAUGCCCCUAACCGGCUCCCAUCUUGCUCUAUACUCUGACUCACAAACUAGCCCUAUUUUAACCAAUUAACCUUAAAUUAAUAUGUAUAAUUUAUUUUUAAAAAAAACAUUAUUAGUCAUCAGUUUCGUCAUAGCUAUAGCUUUUCACCGAAGACAAUAAAUGAAUAUGAAGCUAAAAAACAGAAAGAAUCAACAGUCACAAACAAAAAUAAAUGUAUGAAUAUCCAAAACUUAAUUUUUAAAACAAAAAACUAUUUUCAUUUCACUUUUUUGAGAAUCAAGUUUAAGAUAACUGUUGAACAGACAAUAAUCUAUGUUCCAUAUUUCAUUUAAAUAAAUUCAUGGCACUCAAAAUAAUAUAUAGCCCGAAGACAUUAAAUUUACCCACUUGGCAUGUUAAAAUAGUGGUUCUGCACAAACAUGCAUGGAGCAAAAUUUAAAAUUGUAUGUACCAGUACGCCAAUACCAGGCAGUUACAUUGCAUCACAAACACCAUAAUGGAAAAUGUUUAAAAGACUAGUACUUUAUAAGCUAUAAAUAAUAAUUACAUUAAAGUCAUUAAAUAUUGUGAAUUAGUUUAAUUAAUUAAUGAAAUCUAUAAAAAUAUAAUUGUUCCAUAUUCCUUCAACUAACCAAUGAUGGGGUCAAGAUAUGCUUUUAGAAACUCUGUCUCAUCAAUUUCUUUGUACUGAACAGUCACUGAUGUUGUAGUCAAGAAACUGGCUCUGUCAAAAUCAGUAUUGGUUUGUAGAACUCUUGCUUUACCAUCCUUAACCAUAGCAAUAAAACUGGUGAC